AUAAAAUUCCCCGGGAAAAUAAAGCUGGCCAUUAGUAAUUUUACCAUAUAUCCAUCCACCUUGCUUACUCUGUAACAGAACAGAGCCAUCUCUUUCUUCAUACUCGGAGUCGUUUUGCUUGAUCAAUGGAGAUUGUGGAUACUCAAGCUUUGUCAAACUUCGAUCACCAGUCGAAGUCUCCCUUCUCUUACCUCAGCAUUUCCGCUUCCGACCGCCAUUCUCCUCCAAGUUCCGAGUUUUCCGACGAGUUUGUGAGUGGGACGAUCAACGCGCCUCCGAACUCCUCUUCUCAGUCGAGUGCUGCGGCGGCUGUGAAGCUUCAGAAGGUUUACAGGAGUUAUCGCACACGGCGGAGAUUGGCUGAUUCGGCUGUCGUAGCUGAAGAGUUGUGGUGGCAAGCGAUUGAUUAUGCGAGACUAAAUCAUAGUACGGUGUCGUUUUUUAAUUUACCAGAAAGUGCGGCUUCGAGAUGGAACCGGGUUGUCUUGAAUGCUUCUAAGGUCGGAAAGGGCUUGUCCAAAGAUUCUAAGGCUCAAAAAUUGGCGUUUCAGCAUUGGAUUGAAGCUAUUGAUCCACGACAUCGAUAUGGGCAUAGCUUGCAUUUCUACUAUGAAGAAUGGUGUAAAGCUGAUUCUGGCCAACCAUUUUUCUACUGGUUAGAUGUAGGAGAUGGCAAGGACCUUGAUCUCAAAGAGUGCCAAAGAUCAAAGCUUCGUCAACAGUGCAUUAGAUAUCUGGGACCUAAAGAGAGGGAACAUUAUGAAUACGAUGUUGUUCAGGGGAAGAUUAUUCACAAACAGACUGGAGAUCUCCUUGACACAAAUAAAGGACCAGAGGGGGCCAAGUGGAUAUUUGUUAUGAGCACCUCAAAGAAACUUUAUGCUGCUGAGAAAAAGAAAGGAAUGUUCCAUCAUUCAAGUUUCUUGGCAGGAGGAGCUACUAUAGCUGCUGGAAGGCUUGAGGCAGAGCUUGGAAUUCUGAAGUCAAUUUCUGCAUAUAGUGGGCAUUACCGGCCAACGGAUGACAGGCUUGAUAGCUUUUUAUCCUGUCUCAAAGAAAAUGGAGUGAACAUUGAUGAAGUUGAGAUACACAGGGCUGAAGAUUAUUCUGAUAGCUAUGGCGAUGGUAAAUCUGUCAAAGUUGAGACUGCAGUUGACUCUGAGUUUCCUAAGCCUGAAAAGGUCAAGGAAAAGGAGGAAAAUCUGUCUUCAGAACCAUCUGAAGUUACCCAAACAGAGACUAUAAGUAAUUAUCGAAGGACUUUAUCUGGAGGUCUUCAGAGCCCGAGGGCUGAGGUGCCUAAAACUGCUAUAUUGCAAAGGAUCAACUCUAAGAAGGCUGCGAACUCGUAUCAAUUGGGAAAUCAGCUCUCACUCAAGUGGACAACUGGAGCUGGCCCAAGAAUUGGUUGUGUUGCUGACUAUCCGGUGGAAUUGAGAGUGCAGGCCUUGGAGUUUGUUAACCUAUCUCCGAGAACUACUGCACCUCCCUCACCAUUUCCUUACAGGCAUGUUACUCUUGCAUCACCAACUGCCAAUGCCACAUCAGAUGCGAGUCAUGAGAAUGGUAUGUGAGUUUUAUGUAUUAUCUUUUGUGCUCUUUAGGAGACCUCUGCCUUAAACAUCAGAUGCUUUCUUGCUAGAGGACUCUAGUAGUGAAUGUAUAUGUCUGUUGUGCUCUUUAGAUCACUUCUGCCUUAAAUAAUGCAUAUAGGAUUAUGAAAUGGGCUUCUUAGUCAGAUUUCAUUGCCUAAACUUCAGAUAAUUUUGCAAUUUAUGAGAUAUAUGGAGUCUUUCUCUUUGAUUAA